UUGGCAGAUCUUUUGAGGCGCUUUUGUAUUUGAAAAACAUAUUCCGCGUUAAACCUCAAUAAAUACCGUUUUAAAUUGCAUACACGUGCUGCAAUGGGUGCAGAGCGAUCCACAUUGGUACACUGGUUCCGCAAAGGACUCCGGGUCCACGACAAUCCCGCUUUAUCGCAGAUUUUUGCAGCUGCCAACGCUGCGCCUGGUACAUUUUUCGUCCGCCCUAUUUUCAUUCUGGAUCCUGGCAUCCUGGAUUGGAUGCAGGUGGGCGCCAAUCGCUGGCGAUUCCUGCAGCAAACGCUAAGUGAUUUGGAUCAGCAGCUAAGGAAACUCGAUUCCCGUCUGUUCGUGGUGCGCGGCAAGCCCGCUGAAGUUUUCCCCCGGAUCUUUAAGAGCUGGCGCGUGGAACUCCUGACUUUUGAAACGGAUAUCGAACCAUACUCCUUGGCCAGAGAUGAGGCCGUUCAAAAGCUGGCCAAGUCCGCGGGUGUCAAGGUGGAAACCCACUGCUCCCACACGAUUUACAAUCCGGAGUUGGUCAUAGCCAGAAACCUUGGCAAGGCACCAAUUACCUAUCAAAAGUUUCUGGGCAUUGUGGAGCAACUAAAAAUACCCAAGGUUCUAGGAGUUCCAGAGAAGUUGAAGAUUAUAAAUGAGCCAACCAAUGAUGAAGUGGAGCAGGAGGAUUCAACGGCAUACGAAUGUCCUACUAUGGAACAAUUGGUCAAGCGACCAGAGGAACUGGGACCCAAUAAGUUUCCCGGGGGUGAAACAGAAGCCCUGCGCCGCAUGGAUGAAUCCUUGAGCGAUGAACUUUGGGUGGCCCGCUUUGAGAAGCCCAACACGGCACCGAAUUCCCUGGAGCCCAGCACUACUGUACUGAGUCCUUACCUCAAAUUUGGAUGCCUCAGUGCGCGGUUGUUUCAUCAAAGGCUUAAGGAGAUUCUCAAGCGGCAGACAAAGCACUCACAGCCUCCUGUUUCGCUAGUUGGGCAACUCAUGUGGAGGGAAUUCUACUACACAGUGGCGGCAGCUGAACCCAAUUUCGAUCGUAUGUUGGGCAAUGUCUACUGUCUGCAGAUUCCCUGGCAGGAGCAGCCCAAUCACCUGAAGGCCUGGACUCACGGACGCACCGGUUACCCCUUCAUCGAUGCCAUCAUGCGACAGUUGCGCCAGGAGGGCUGGAUCCAUCAUCUGGCCCGGCAUGCGGUGGCCUGUUUUCUCACCCGCGGAGAUCUGUGGAUCAGCUGGGAGGAGGGGCAGCGGGUGUUCGAGCAGCUGCUGCUGGAUCAGGAUUGGGCACUGAACGCUGGCAACUGGAUGUGGCUCUCUGCUUCGGCCUUCUUCCAUCAGUACUUUCGCGUCUAUAGCCCCGUGGCGUUUGGCAAGAAAACGGAUCCCCAGGGGCACUACAUCAGGAAGUAUGUGCCGGAACUCUCUAAAUAUCCAGCUGGCUGUAUUUACGAGCCCUGGAAGGCAUCUCUGGCGGAUCAGCGUGCAUACGGUUGCGUCCUGGGCACAGACUAUCCCCACCGCAUUGUUAAACACGAAAUCGUGCACAAGGAGAACAUCAAGCGGAUGGGUGCCGCCUACAAGGUGAAUCGCGAGGUGCGAACGGGCAAGGAGGAGGCGUCCUUCGAGGAGAAACCCGAAACCUCCACUUCAGGCAAGCGGAAGGCGCGAAAGGCAGUCGAAAAUGCCCCCAAGCGAAAACGUUAAAAUUAAAAUAUAUAUACUACCUUAAGAGAAAGGUACAUUCAUUUAUAGAAUUUGUUAGUAUGACGUUAAAGUUGAACACCAUUUAAAAUAAUACUUUAGGUAUUAGUCUAUAUUUUGCAUGUUAUUCCCUGCUGAAUCUACAGGCAACGUAAGGGGUUUUUGUAAAAGCAAGCUAGAUAUAGUACGACAAUUAGUUUGACUUAAAAUAUAAUGUUAACAUAAUGGAAAUAAAUACUAAAUAGUAGUUGAUCCUUAUAAAAAGUAAAAUACUUUAAAUCAAACUAUAGUAUGUAUUCAAAGCCGGAUGAGUUUUAA